AUGCCCGGCGUCAUAAUGGAUCCCAAGAGCAAGAAUGGCUCACAUACAAACCACGAUAGAGAUCAGCGCCCGAAUGGUGUGAACGGGGGAUCGCAUACUUCCGAUAAGAUGCAAGACAAAAGCGAGGCCAGAGCAGAACCUCAGCAAAACAUGACCCCACCGAGCCCUGCUGCCCCCAGUCUAUCAAAUGGCAAACUCGCAGACCAUGCGCGGCGCGAAAAUGGAGGUAAUGGCGGACCAUGGGAUGUCCAGGCGCAAAUGGACCUGCUUCCCCAAGAGAUCAUCCAUAUGACGGAAGGUUAUCAGCCUCUCUCAAAGUUUCUGCAGCGAGUAGUGCAAAAGACCCAUACGGAGUUGAUCAACACAUUAAGUGAUUUGGAACAAAUGCCUACGCCUGCCUCUGCGCUCAAUGGCAAUAGUGCUACGGACGACUCGUCACAGGAGAAUGUCCAGAAGAAGAUGCGAUUGAUGAAUUACGCAACAUCCGCCCACGAAUCACUGACGAAGGCAUUAGUUAUUACGGGAUGGAGUCGUAAGGCCGAGGACGUAAGCAAACUGAUUGAUAUCCGACUGCAUUUGGAAGCUCAAAAACAGCUAUACACGACAGCCAUUGAGGCCAUGGCGAGCAACAAGAGGGCAUUGCAUAACUUUCGGUUGCCAAAUCCGGAUUUCAAGACGGCUUUGGAGGCUCUGACCACAGGAAAAUCAUCUUGGAUGCCAGAUCUGGGCUACAUAAAACCGCCACCUUUGACGGCCAAGGAGCUUCUGCGACAAAUGGAGAAGCUGAACACUCUGCUCUCAAUGCGAUUAAACCUGGACGACUAUGACAAGAUUCCUCCACAGUUCAAGAAUUUUACGAUCCAGUCUGGUCGUGCGACAUUCAAGGUACCGGGCGAAUUUGAACUAGAUCUUACAGUCGCAAACGAAGACCCAGGGUCGCAGUAUUGGUUCAUUGAUUUCCGAUUCCUAUUUCGGCCGUCUUCGUCAAAUAUGAAUCUAGGAAUUCGCAACUACAUCGAGAGCAGGGUCAAUGAGACUCUUUUCACCGAUGGCCUAUCCGGAUGUUACAAGUACCUGCAUGAGCUCGUUCUGACCUACAAGAUCAAAGAGUUCCGACGCCAGGGUGAUAACUUGGCUAGGUCGAUCUGGACUGAUACAUUGAGUGUAGAGAACCUGAAUAGACCGAUUUCGAUCCAAUACUGGGUGGGAAGAUAUUCUGGUCAGCCUAUGAAUGGUAAAUCGUCGAGUGCCAGGCCCUCCAAGAGCUGGAUCAUUCUUGGCGUUCACAGUGGCAAAGUGCCUGGCCGGUGUCCAAGCCCCAAAGACACCAGCCGAUUAUUCAUCAGAUGGUUCAGAGACUUCAAGGAAGUGAAGGACCCGGAUAUCAAACUCGACGAUGUCGAUAUUUCUACGGAAUCGCUGCUGAAGACCGUCAUCGGGAAACACAUCGAUCAUAUUCUGACAUCUAUCUUCGAAAAGUUACUGGCAAAGCCUCUGUACGCCUCGCGAGAACUUGAAAUUUCUUUGCAUAUCUCUGUCGACGAUCCUGCGGACUCGGAACUCAAGGUGCAGUUGACUCAAGAACACCGUUUGUCAAUCAAGAUUGAGCCCAUGUCUGGCCGCUUCGUAUUAGGACCCGUCUCCAAACAGUAUUCUCAAACGGAAUUCGACCUCAACCGACGAAGCCAGGACCCAGCGACGGAUGGCCAUAUUUACAUCGAACGUCUCCGAUCAAUGUUAUUAACGGAGGAUCUUCAAGUUCGUGCCAUAAGCGUAGGGUGGACUCGUGUCAACAAACCUGGCCUCAGCCAAGAAAGCAUGGCUGAGAUUGUUGGCAAAGAGGCUCUGCCCACUGUUUGGUUUAGGCGGCCUGGCUGGGAGAAGGACUGGUACCUGGUUGUGACUCAGAGCAUGGGCGGGGAGAAAUGGCAUCUGAUAAAGACUGCCAUGGUACCUCAUACUCUAAAGAAAGAGGUUCUAGGCGUGGGUGAAUGCAUCAAGCUACCGAUCAAGAGUGUCUCCCCUAUCACCAGUUAUUCUUUCCUUUCUACCCUCAACAUCUUCACAGCUGGAGUGGUAUCCCAUCACAUCAAUGCGAAGACGCUCCACGCCAGACGUGUCCAGCAUAAGAGCGUCAAGGGCAAACUUGCAAAAUCGAUCGCUCUACCAUCAAUCUAUGCGAAACUUUCGGACCUCAUUCCAUCGAAAAAUAGAUUGUCCCGGACUGGCAUGAGUUGGGCGAAAGACGUCAUCAAGAUAUCGUUCCAGGGCAUCGAGGUCAUUGGGCAAAAGCCAAGUGAGGCGACCGAAUCCGCCAUUUCCACAUCGGUCACGCAGGCAUCACAGUCAUCAGCACCAGUCCCUCAGGCCCCUAGUGUACUCAUUCCUCCAAAGUCAUUCAACGUAGACGAACGCUCGGUGCUGGUGACAGAAGCACGCCUGAUUGCUUCGCUCCCGAAGGCUCUGCUAAACAUCAAGGAUCAAGUUGAUAAAGACAUUAUCUUCAAUGCAGAGACUGCCUCCUUCGCUGUCCGGCUACGCAGCAAGGUCGGCGACUCCGUCAUUCCUGAUUUGGUGGAGUGCCUGGUUAGAGUCGAGCGACUAGUCGAAUUCAUUCAAGUCCUUGAUACACAUAAGGAUACCUUGACUUGCGACAUGGUUUCACUCGGAAAGAUCGUCUUUACAUAUCAAGAGGUCUCAUCAGUCAGCCCCCUUGACGCAUCGGAUGCAGGGAUUGAUACAGCCACCAAAUAUAGUGCGGCUGUGGAUUAUAGUGCCGCAGACAAUACCAUGGCACUGAUGUUGGAGGGAGGCAACCCGCAUCUUCGGAUCGCAGAUAGCCUGGCGACUAUACUGAAUGGUUCAGAAGGCCUCAAUGGUGUCGCAACUCUUCUUCCCCUCACUCUUCCCGUUCUCCGAGCUCUGGACACGAUGGAAGAUGCCUGGUCUGCGGAAGAGUUGUCCGGCAAGGGACAAGUCAUCGUCCACGCUCGGGCCACAGACUCUUACCUCAUCCGCUACAGCCUCUUCCCGAAAAGCCCUCUAGCCGCCAGUGUCUCCUUCAAUGUCAAGCUACGCUCACGCAAUUCUCAGCCAUGGUGGCACGUCCGCCGUGUAGCCACUGCCCGUAAUGGAGAGCCAGACGCGCUCGAGGAGGAUCUAGCGCCUCUGUGGGCUCUGUCGCCGUGUCCUGAUUGGAAAGGUAUGCGGAUGAGUGGUGUGGCGCGGAAUAAGAGCAUUGAGAAUCUGCUGGUGAAGCUGGACGAGACUGUGAGGAGGUUUGCGCUGAGUGGAAAGAAUCUGAAUAGUGCUGUGUCCGCACCGCCCCCGGCUCAGGUUCAGGCGCCUGCUCCACAAAAGCAAAUACCGACCCAGAAUCCGAGACAACAGCAGCAGCAGCAGCAGCAGCAGCAGCAUCAGAGAUGGCAACCGGCUUCCAAUCAAGGCCAGAGUCAGGCGAGAAAUCCGCACAAUCCGCACAAUCGAGAGGUGGUAGAAAUUGAUUAG